AUGCCGUUGCCAGACGACCUAUCAACAGACCGUGGCAACUUGCACUUGACAUUUUACUCUGACUCAACCCGCUUCUCGUCUACGCCACAAGAAGCACAGCGGCCGCAACACCAGGCCUUCGGUUCAAAUACCAACCCACGCAGUAUUGUGGCCUUCCAGCCGAAAUUCCAGCCACCUCAUCCUUCAGCCUUCGGCGACGACAGGUUUUCGGGGCCCUCGUCCCGCAGCUCGGUAGACCUUGACCCGAACCCAUUCGUCGACGCCAGCGAAAAGUCUCCGGCCAUCACCUAUGCAACUGCCCUCGCAUCCCACCGGGAUGAAGACGCCCCUGUCAUUAUCCAGCAACAGCAUGCGGGCAGCCAGGAGCAAAGCCGCCCCCUGCCAAACCUAGCACCGCAACGCCAGCAACAGCUGGUACACGACCCGGAGAAAGACCGCACCAAGGACGAGUUGCUCAAGGAUGCAUUCGAGAAUGCACACUCGGCUAGCCGGCCUCGGCUCGGGGUCCGGGAUCGGCUAGCGCACUUCACCUGGGCGUGGUACACGCUGACCAUGGCGACGGGCGGGCUAUCCCUGCUCAUCGCAGCGCAGCCGCACCAGUUCCCCGGCUUGCCGCAGAUCGGGCUGGCCGUGUACAUUGUCAACAUCAUGCUGUUUGCGCUGAUCACGUCGGCGCUGGUCGGCCGCUUCUUCCUCGUGGCGGGGUCGUUCAGCCGGUCCAUUACGCACCCGCGUGAGGGCUUCUUCUUCCCGACCUUCUUCCUGUCGGUGGCGACGCUCAUCACGUCGACGCAGCGGUACGGCGUCGACGGCAUCGGCAGCUCGCCGUCGCAUGGCCCCGGCCCGCUGUGGGCCAUGCAGGCGGCCUUUUGGGCCUACGUCGUGGUUACGACGGUGCUGGCCAUUGGGCAGUACUCGUUCGUCUUCGCCGCGCACAGCUUCGAGCUGCACACCAUGAUGCCCACCUGGAUCCUUCCCAUCUUCCCCAUCAUGCUGUCCGGUACCGUGGCGUCGGUUGUGGCCCCCUCGCAGCCGCCCGAGCAGGCUGUGAGCAUCAUCAUUGCCGGACUGACGUGCCAGGGGCUCGGUGUCGCUGUCGCCAUGAUGAUGUAUUCCCACAUGGUAGGGCGGCUGAUGAAGUCUGGGCUGCCGAACCGUGAGCACCGGCCAGGGCUGUUCAUGUGCGUCGGGCCGCCGGCGUUCACGGCCCUGGCCUUUAUCGGGCUGUCUGAGGGCCUACCGGCUAGCUUCGAUGCCGACAUGGACGGGCUGCUUGACGCCAGCAUCAUCCAGACCAUGGCCGUCAUUGGGGCUGGGUUCUUGUGGUCGCUGAGCUUCUGGUGGUUCGCCAUCGUGGCGCUGGCCGUGCUGCAGAGCCCGCCCAAGUACUUCCACCUCGGCUGGUGGGCCUCAGUCUUCCCCAACACGGGAUUUAUCCUGGCCACCAUCGCACUUGGCCGCGCGUUCCAGAACGACGUCGUGCUCUGGUUUGCAACAGCCAUGUCCGUGUUGCUCCUGCUCGUCUACAGUUUCGUGCUGUUCCACCACGUUCGCGCAGUUAUGGUGCAGGACAUCAUGUACCCCGGCCGUGACGAGGACGUUGAAGACCAUUGA